UCAUGCUGCUGCCAGGUCCACAGUCUCUCAUGGGUCCCUGUACGGCCUCCCAUUGCUGCUGUCUCCAUUGCCACACUCUGCCAUGUGCCACUUUCAGGUCUCCUCACACUGCUGGUGUGUUCCAUUUUUUGUCAUAGGGUGCUGGCAGAUUACGGGGCCUCCCAUUGCUGCUGCCAGGCCCCUAAUCUGCCAUGGGCCCCUGUACCGCCUCCUCAUGCUGCUGCCAGGUCCAGAGUCUCUCAUGGGUCCCUGUACGGCCUCCCAUUGCUGCUGUCUCCAUCGCCACACUCUGCCAUGUGCCACUUUCAGGUCUCCUCACACACUGCUGGUGUGUUCCAUUUUUUGU